AUGGAAUAUUUUUCUACUCUGCAAGGACGCAGGAAAUGGCAACGUCUGAACCCUAACAUCCAAGUAGGAGAUCUCGUUCUUCUUAAGGACCAGCAAGCUGAAAGAGUCGAGUGGCCUAUGGGACUUAUUGUAAAGAGCGUUCCUAGUGAUGACGGUAAGGUUUUCAAGACAUCAAAGCAAAUUGCACUGUUGGACAAACUUUUCCCAGCAUUUGGUUUUGGCGCUCAGGUUCCUCCAAAUUGGCAGGUCUCUCAUGAAUUUGCCCUUAACUUCGACCCAGCUAAUCCAUACUGCCCAGGAGUACAAGGUAUUGUGGAUGCAUACCGCCAGGCUCUGCCGCAAGUCCGCCUGUACGGACCAACAAAUUUCUCCCCCAUUAUCAAUCAUAUUAUCAGGUUUGCAGCAGCUGCAGCACAACAGAAGACGGCAUCUCAAUACUUUGUGCUUCUCAUCAUCACCGAUGGAGAGAUCACAGAUCUAAAUGAUACCAGGAAUGCCAUCGUCCAGGCCUCUAAACUUCCACUGUCUAUUAUCAUUAUUGGGGUAGGAAAUGCUGACUUCAAGGCCAUGGAAUUCCUCGAUGGGGACAACGGAGUUCUGAAGGCCUCCAGCGGGGAAGCAGCCUUAAGAGAUAUUGUGCAGUUUGUGCCAUUCCGACAGUUUCAGAAUGCACCCAGAGAAGCUCUCGCUCAAGCUGUUCUUGCCGAGGUUCCUAACCAGCUGGUCUCCUAUUUCAAGCUGCUGGGACAAGCACCUGUCAACCCCCCACAACAGAAGACGGCAUAGAUAAAGAGCAACUCCCCUAUAUGUGGUUCUGCUACAACCAGAGGAACAUAACCUGUAGUAUGAACACAUCUCCUCCUUAUGCCACUCGUAUAGAAUUGACACAGCUCUUAAUUCCAGUGUGUAGAGCAAUGGACUAGUCCCCCUUUUCAAUGGAUGCUCCCAGUGAAAACAACCCUGACUGAGAUCACAGAGGUCCACAUUGCUAAGGCUAUGUUCAUGUAU